AUGGUAAACAAGCUUAUGCGGUGCGCGAACAAGGCCGAUGAGAGUGCGUCUGCACGUCUCUGUGCAGACGUCGAUGCAGAAACAACAGCAACUGAUGUGUCAUCGGUUGCUGAAGCGACUCAGCCUGUGUCACCUGGUGAUGCAGGCGCUCGUCCUGAAGACACUCCUGUCUUCACAGAGUAUGAGCUUGGUGUCUCAUACUCUCCCGAUACGGAAGAUGGAUCUGUAUCGAUGGCAAUUGAAUCCAAGCCGCCUGCCAAGCGUGGCAUGGACGAUGCUUUGCGUCGCAGCAUCUUUGGUUCAUCUGAUGAGUCAGAUGAACCAUCGCCGAAGCAAAGGCGCUGGAGGUCGCAAGACUCGGGCGCUCACAGUGUUGUCGGUUCUCCAAUUGACACCACUUCGCAACGAGGUGCCAGUACUUCUGUCGGCACGUCGCAGGAAGAGCGGGACCGCAGUGUGUUGCGUCUCGCUCCCGAGAAGAAGGCAUGGAUGCCUCCCAAAUCAGUCAUGGAUCACUUGUCGGCGACGACGAGUGAUCGUUAUCGAACACGAUUGUUCGAUUCGUCAAGGAUUCAUCACCUUGACCCCAGCGCGAAAAACUAUCGCGCUGAACAAGAAUUCCUCAUCGAUGCUUUCUUUAGACAUCGAUGGUACAGUGGGAAUCACAAACGUGAUGGUCCCUCACUACUUCAGGCGUGGAACGCCUACAUCCAUAAACUCGAGGAUGUAGGUCGUGACGCUUGGAACGACAAACUCAUCAAAGCUCGUGAUAAGUUUGAAAAGCGAACCCCGAAAGGUGCACGCUAUAAGCUGCAUCGUCUGUCUAAGGGGGGUGGGUUACCCUGUCUUUCCUAG